GUGUUUGCAAACAGGAAGUGUGGCAGUACAUCUGCCGAACCACCGGAGAGUGUUAUGGAGGCCUACGAGCAGGUCCAAAAGGGACCCCUGAAGCUGAAAGGCGUCGCAGAGCUGGGAGUGACCAAGCGGAAGAAGAAAAAGAAGGACAAAGACAAAGCGAAACUCCUGGAAGCAAUGGGAACGAGCAAAAAGAACGAGGAGGAGAAGCGGCGCGGCCUGGACAAGCGGACCCCGGCCCAGGCGGCCUUCGAGAAAAUGCAGGAGAAGCGGCAAAUGGAAAGGAUCCUAAAGAAAGCAUCCAAAACCCACAAGCAGAGAGUGGAGGACUUCAACAGACACCUGGACACACUCACGGAGCAUUAUGACAUUCCCAAAGUCAGCUGGACGAAGUAGCCACCUGCCCUGGUAUGGAGUAGCAUCGAGGAUUCGCGAAAGACCACCAUGGGGUUGUGUGUGUUUCCUUUGGUAUAUUCUAGAAACGUGGCCUUACGCACACCCUUGCAUCUUCUGCUACAGACUGCUUUUUGAAGCUGUGUACCCUCAUUCUGGAACUUGAUUAAAGUAAGAUUGUCCUUGUACUCAGUUUACGCUUCUUGGCAACGUACAGAAGAUACACCCUUUUUGUUUGGAUGGAAGGUUUCUCAGUUUAUCCAGAGGUAAAGCCCAUUGUGUGUCCGUGCCAUGUAAAAAUGUUUUCACCCCUGAGUUGCAUCUAACGCUGUGAGGCCAGCCAGCUGUCUUCUUCUGGAUGAGACAGACUCCAGAGGAUAAGGAGCUAGCGCCAUGGUGGCCUGCAGUGUGCAGAGCCCCACAGGACCCAGCGUGGGCGCCCUUCUGAACUUCGUCUAGCUUCGGGCCUAUGCUGUCCCCCACAGGCCCCAGGAAAGUCACUUGCAACUCUGUGGCCUUCAGACUUCCUCCUCAGCCACCUGGCCACUGAGACAGUGCAGCCUGGGUAGCAGAACAGCCACAUAAGGCAAGAAUGGAACGGACACACCUUGUUCCUGAGUCCGUUCCCCAAAACCCUCCUUCCAGGUACUUGUAAUGGGUGUUUCCAUAGCAGACGUUGCUAAUGCAUCACAGUGUUCUUUGAAAUGAAACCCAGACACAGCCUGCCUCUCAGUCCUCAGCUGGGGGCUCCUAGCAGCCUCUUGUAUUUACUCAGAGUAAAUCACAUGGAUCCUGUUUGGCAUUCCUGCCCUACGGAUGCCUCAGGGGUGACAGGACCAGGGCAGAGCCCCAGUACAAACAGGCAAGGCUGCAGUCAAAUGGGAGGGCCCAGGUGUUCCUGUUGGAGGGCUGGGAUCUUGUAGGGCCUGUGCGUCCUGGUUGAGGAUCAAACCACAUAUACUAUUGGGAGAAAAGAUCUCUGUCAACAUAGAUACUGAAAGAAUAAUGAAGGCAGAAGAGAAAAACCAAGUGUGGAGUUUGGGGUUGUCCUGUGUAAAUUACACAAUAAAGCAAAAGCCAGUUAUAA